UAAAAGCGAGCGAAAUGAGCGUUUGGUACGUAAUUUCGGGAAAAUAACGAAUCAUAUUAAAAAAACCGAAGCUAACUUUGAUUUAUUUACAUCAUAUUUCCAAAACAUUACUUGUUUACAGGUCUUCAAAUGAAUCAGUCUGAAAGUGCCAGGACUCGUCCCAAUAGUAAUUCAGAUGUUGACACAACAGAAAAUGCAAUAGAAUUGAUAAUAAAUGAUCAGAAUGUUGAUCAAAAUGAUAUAAGGACUAUUUCAUUAUUGUCAGACAUGGAUAAAAGUAACACUCUAGAGCUGUCUAAGGACUGUUAUGUCCAAGUUAUUAAAAGUAUGGAUGGCGAUGUCGUAGCAGAUGCUGAUGGGGACAGCCAACAAUAUUCUUUUAUUAAUGUUGACCCCAAUAUCAAAAACUGCACUGAACACAGUGACAUGUACCUCCACAAGGAUGAAACACUUAUCAAACCAGGCGACAUGUUCGACACGCACGAAAGUUUCCGUCUGUAUGUUAAUGGGUUUGCAGAGCAAUGGUUGUACUACUACACCUGUGCUGAUUCACAUACUCAGGAUCCCAGCAAAGAAUAUUACACGUAUAGAUGUGUUUUUUGCAAGCCCAAGUGUGAUUACCGACCUAAGGGAAUGAGGAAAAGGUCAGAAACUCUCAAAACGAGUUGCCCAUGUAAAAUAGUUUUGAAGCGAUUGCCAUACAAUCCAGAUGUACUUACAGUUGAGUUUGUGUGUGAUCAUCAUAAUCAUGAACUGUCUAAUGAAAAUUUUCUAAAAUUGCAACAUGGCAAGAGACUGCAUCCUCAAGUUAAGGAAGAGAUAAUGGAUCUUCUGUAUCUGGAUGUAGAACCAAAGAUUCUGAAAAAGUACAUACAGGAGUUAACGGGAUUUAAUUUGAACCUGAACUAUUUCGUCCACAUUGCCAGGAAAAUGAAAAAAAAUAAUGAAGAAAGGACUUUUACUCCAGAACAGUUUGAUGAACUAACGAAGAAAGUUAAAGAUUUAAGAUUUAUAUAUGGCAACAUUAAAGAUGAUACUGUGAAUAAGAAACCACAAAGAGGUCGACGAAAACGUAAAGGAGAUGACAGUGUGAAUAUUGCUAAUUCAGAAGAUAUUAAUCAUGAUGACGAAUUUGGUACACCAUAUUCAUCGGACAAGAAAUUAAAGAAGGACAUAGAAUAUGAAGAUAUUGAUACAAAAAGCAGAUUAGAGACGUGUCUACAACGACUAUCUUAUGAUGAAGAAACAUUAGAGUCAGUAAAGAGAUUGCAGAGUUCUGUUCAAUGCGAAACACAAAGAAAUCCUUGGAUUUCUGAAGACAUUUGCCCAGCGCCUUCUAACGGGUCUUCCUAUAUGUCUGACAGUAUGGGAACAAGUCAAAAUGAAGAACAAUUGGAAAUGAGCAAUGCUACAAAUACGUUCCAAGCAGAACAUAUGGAUGAAAGUUACAUCCAGAACAUGAGUGAGCAAAAUGUUGAAGUAUCUGAGAUAAAUAACAGUGCUGAUCAUAUUGUCACUGAGAAUUACGUGUUGGCUAAUAAUGAUGAGAAUGCUCAUGAGGUAUAUGUAUUGGAAAACAGUGGAAGUGAGACUUAUGUCUUAGAAAAUAAUGAACACAAUGCUGUAAACUAUGUUUUGACCAGUAACGGGCAAAAUGUGCCACAAAGUUAUGUUUUGGAAAACGGUAUUGUAGUUACUUAUAAUGCUGAAGGCCAGGGAUUCACUGAAUCCGAAGUGGUAUAUGACAAUGAUCAUACUGCCGUAGCUAAUGACCAAGAGGCUAAUUCUAAUAGUUAUGUGUUGGUGGAUGAUAGUACAGGACUCAUAGAGAAUACAGUUGGGCAAAAUACUGAAUUGCAGGCUAAUGAUAGUACUGAAUUUCAAGUUGAUGAAAGUACUAUAUUAGAUGGUAAAGAAUAUAUGGAUUCACAUGAUAAUGAUAGUCAGCUUCUUAAUGAAUCAGAUGCCUCCAUCCAUUCCGAUUAUGAAUACAUACAUCGAUUCAACAUAGACCAAUAUAUGACACAGCCAUGGUUCCUUAGAUACAUACAAACAGUAGCGGAGGACACUAAAAUGAAAGCAGUUGAUAUGUUGAGCAACCUAUAUCUUGGUAAAACUAUGUUCAAAUUGAUUACAACAAGAAAAGUAGAUAUGCAAACAAUUAGGAUUAAAUACUUAGUUGAAAAUGUCCCUUCUCUGACCGGUUUCGACUGUAACGAUCGCGUUAAAUACAAAUUGGAAGCUGCAAAAUAUUGCAAAAAGCUAAUGUCUUUAAAGAAAAAGUUAUUAUAUAAAUCUAGAUACAUUCACAGUUUAAAAGGUACUGUGGAUUCAUUAAAGAAAGCAAAUAGUGCAUUAACAUCUAGGAAUAAACACAUGGAUCGCGUCAAAUCCCAAAAUGUACUGCAUAAUUACAAGAAAGAUUUACAACAUUUACGAGAAACCAAAGAAUCACUACUCUCUCAAAUAUCUGAUUCGGAACAUCAAAUAGCACAUUUGAACGAAGUUAAAAGAAAUUUGAAAAAAGAUAUAUGCAAGUUUAUUUCUAAGAAAGUAAUGUUGCAAAAAUUGACUGGUGAGAAUACUGAAAAAAUUGAGAAUGUCAAAGAUACAUUGGCGAAAGCUAUUGAAACGAGUAAAAAUUUAAAAGUGGAUAGUGAUACAUCGAGCAAGCAGGCAAAUGUAGAGGAAUACAUACUUGGAAAUGUUGAAGGCUUACAAAAUAUUGUGCUACAAGCAGUUGAAAAUGUGCCAGAAGGAAUAAACAUCGAGGGUCAAUAUAACGACGGCGAUAUAGUUUACGUUGUACAAGGCGACCAGGACGAAAAUGCCUUACAAAAUAUAAGCUGAUAACAAAUUAAAUAAUUCAUAAUAAUUUUACUGUAAACAUAUGAGUGACCAAUCAAGUGACUGGUCAUUUUUAUAUAUAUAUUUUUUUAGAAUUGAUAGGACUAGUUUUAAAUGAAAUAUAUUGUUAAGUGGUGUUUGUUUGGUGGCACACAGAGUAAAUUAUGUACAAAUAGUAACAUAAUAUUGUAUUACACAGAUACCAUAGUACAUAUGUUAAAUAUUGAUAUAGAUUCUAUAUCACUUUUAAGUACUAAUUAUAAAUAAUUAGCAUUACACAAAAUUAUUUGUUAAUGUAAAAUAAAU